AUGCCCGACCAGUCAGCGUCUUGGCUACGCUGGGUCGUCGGUAUGGGCGAACGUCGCAAACUUGGCGAUGUCGCCAUGGACCUAGUCCUCUUCGCCGGCAUGAUGACAGCUGGUCUGUAUAUCGCGCGCAAUUUCCUCAACCCCAUCCUCAGCAACCUCGCCGAUCCCGAUAAGGAGAAACACGACCAAGCCAGACAAAAAGCCAAGGCUCACCUUGAGCGCAUAAACCGACGACGCCAAAACGAGGCCGGUGUUGGCGACGGCAGCGAUGACUCUCGAGACGGCGCCCGCGUGGAAGAAUUGGUGCUUAAUGAAUACGAAAAUCUUAUUGCGCUGGAGAUGAUCGCUCCUGAAGACAUCCACGUUGGUUUUGAUGCCAUCGGCGGUCUCGAAAUGAUUAUCGAGGAACUCAAGGAAUCCGUCAUUUACCCUCUCACCAUGCCACACCUAUACUCGCAUGCCGCACCGCUCCUGUCGGCUCCCUCCGGCGUCCUUCUCUUCGGCCCUCCAGGCUGCGGCAAGACCAUGCUCGCCAAGGCGCUUGCUCACGAGAGCGGCGCUUCCUUCAUCAACUUACACAUCUCUACCAUGACGGAAAAGUGGUACGGUGACUCCAACAAGAUUGUCAAGGCUGUCUUCUCCCUGGCUCGCAAGAUGCAGCCGGCCAUCAUCUUCAUUGACGAGAUUGAUGCCGUUCUCGGCACUCGACGCAGUGGCGAGCACGAGGCUAGUGGCAUGGUCAAGGCUGAAUUCAUGACGCUGUGGGAUGGAUUGACAUCCGCCAACUCUUCUGGCAUGCCCGCUCAGAUUGUCGUUCUUGGCGCUACAAAUCGCAUCCACGAUAUCGAUGAAGCGAUCCUGCGAAGAAUGCCUAAGAAAUUUCCCAUCCCGCUUCCCGGACAGGAGCAGCGUCGCCGCAUCCUCCAGCUUAUCCUGCAAGACACCAAGACCGACUCGGAGCACUUUGACCUCGACCAGCUCGCCAAGCUCACAGCCGGCAUGUCCGGAAGCGACAUCAAGGAAGCCUGCCGCGACGCCGCCAUGGCACCGGUUCGCGAGUUUAUGCGCGAGAACCGCUCCAGUGGCCGUCCCAUGCACAAUGUCGAUGGCUCGCAGUUCCGCGGUAUCAGAACCGAUGACUUCUUUGGCAAUCGCGGUGGCCAGCUCCCGCUAGGAAAUGGCGGCAUGCGCAAGGCUGGCAAGCGCAAGGGACAGAAGAAGAAGAGCAGCAGCACGCAGAGUGACGAAUAUGAGGAUGUUGAUGAGUUGGUUGCCGAAGAGCAAGAUUAA